AUGGCUGACCUGACUGGAUGGAUGUUGUUCCGGGUCUUAUAACCACCCGACCGAACGUAUCGAGUGUCAGGCCAAGCAGCGUUCGAUUGUCCUCGGAGGACGCUUACAGGUCCAAAAGCAAUGUGUGCUUUUGUAUAGGGGAGCAACUUGAGGAGCAGGGAAGCAUGGCUAUUGUGAAUCAAAAAACCAUGUUCAAGGGAUUAGUGAUGUUUGAGGAUGUGGCUAUAGAAUUUUCUGAAGAAGAGUGGGAAGGGUUGGACCCUUCUCAGAGAAACUUAUACAGAGAUGUGAUGUUGGAGAACUAUAACACCUUCAUAUCACUGGGACUUGCUAUUUCUAAGCCAUCUGUAAUUUUCCUAUUGGAACAAGGGAAGGAACCUUGGAUGGCUGGAAAAACAGGAUCAUAUCCAGAUUUGCUGUCUUGGUAUGAAACUAAAGAGUUGACUCUAAAGAAUGGUAUUUUGGAAAUGGGAUCAUUAAAAUGGGAAUUAAUGAACAGAACCACAAGUUCUUGUCUUGAUGGAGAGUCUUAUUUUGGAACUGAUUUGAAAUGUAACAGACAUUUUGAAAAAGAAGAAGAAUCUAAAGAGGAAUGUUUCCAAUACAUGACAGUGCCAUUUGAAAAACUAUCAAUUGAAUUCAUUCAGCCUCCAUCACUUGUUCCAAAUGAAAUAAUUCAGCCUAUACCACUGGUUCAAAAUGAAAUAAUUCAGCCUAUAUCACUGGUUCCAAAUGAAGUAAUUCAGACUGGAAAUGAACGCUAUGAACAGAAAAAUUAUGAAAACCUCACUCAACAGAUAGGAAUUCAUACUAGUGACAAACUUGAUGAAAUGUGUGAGAAGGCCUUCAUAUUUUACACAAAUAAGAUGGAACAUCAGCAAAGUCUUCCUGCAAAGAAAUGUGAUGAAUUUAAGGAGUGUGGCAGAGAAUUUGCAUAUGACUUUCAACUUACUCAAUAUCAAAUAAAUUAUAACAAACCCUACGAAUGUCAGAUAUGUGGAAAGAGCUUUAGAAAACGUGCCCUCCUUACUCAACAUAAUAGAAUCCACACUGGUGAAAAACCAUAUGAAUGCAAAGAAUGUGGGAAAGCUUUUAUCUGCUGUUCAACACUUAUUCAACACAGGAGAACUCACUCUAGUGUGAAACCCUUUGAAUGUCAGGAAUGUGGUAAGAGUUUUAGACGAAGUGCACACCUUACUCGACAUCAAAGAAUUCAUACCGAUCAGAAACCCUAUAAAUGCACACAAUGCUGGAAGGCCUUUGCUUCUCUUUCUGACUUCAAUAGACAUCAGAAAAUUCACACUGGUGAAAAACCUUAUGAAUGUGCAGAAUGUGGGAAAGCAUUUAAUAGUCGUUCAACACUUACUCAACAUCAGAGAAUUCACACAGGGGAAAGACCCUUUGAAUGUAAGGAAUGUGGCAAGGCAUUUAAUAAUUGUUCAACCCUUACUCAACAUCAGAGAACCCAUACAAAUGAGAAACCCUAUGAGUGUCAGGAAUGUAAAAAGACUUUCAGGCAAAGUGCACAUCUAAGUAGACAUCUAAAAAUUCAUAGUGGUGAGAAACCAUAUGAAUGUGCUAUAUGUGGGAAGGGCUUCACUUGUAUUUCUGACUUUAACAGACACCAACGAGUUCACACUGGUGAGAAACCCUAUGAAUGUAAAGAAUGUGGGAAAGCUUUUAAUAAUUGCUCAACUCUCAUUCGACACCAAAGAAUUCACACUGGUGAGAAACCAUAUCAGUGUGACCAGUGUGGAAAAGCAUUUAUAUCUGGUUCAACAUUUUUUCAGCAUCAAAGAACACAUACUAAUGAGAAGCCCUAUGAAUGUCCGGUAUGUAAAAAGACAUUUAGGCAAAGUGCACAUCUAACUAGACAUCAGAGAACUCACACUGGUGAGAAACCCUAUGAAUGCUAUGACUGUGGGAAGACUUUUACUUGUUUUUCUGAUUGUAAUAGACAUCAGAGAAUUCACAGAGGUGAGAAACCCUAUGAGUGUCAAGUAUGUGGGAAGGUCUUUAAUAAUUGCUCAACUCUUAAUCAGCAUCAGAGAAUUCAUACUGGUGUGAAGCCCUAUGAAUGUAAGGAAUGUGGAAAGUCUUUUACUUGGCUUUCAAACCUGAAUAAACAUCAGAAAAUUCACACUGGUGAAAAACCCUAUGAAUGUAAAGAUUGCGAGAAGGCUUUUCUCUGUUAUUCAACCUUUGUUCAGCACCAGAGGACUCAUACUAAUGAGAAACCCUAUGAAUGUCAGGAAUGUGGGAAGGCCUUUAGACAGAGAGCACAUCUUAUUCAACAUGAAAGAAUUCAUACUGGUGAGAAACCAUACAAAUGUAAGGAAUGUGGAAAGGCCUUUUCUUGUGUUUCCUAUUUUAGUAGACAUCAGAGAAUUCACACAGGUGAGAAACCGUAUGAAUGUAAAGAAUGUAAAAAGUCCUUUAUUGAUUGUUCCACUCUUAUUCAACACCAGAGAAUUCAUACUGGAGAGAAACCCUUUGUAUGUCAGGAAUGUAAUAAGGCUUUUAGGCAGAGGGCACAUCUUACUCAACAUCAAAGAAUUCACACUGGUGAGAAACCGUAUGAGUGUAAAGAAUGUGGAAAGGCCUUUACUUGUCUUUCACAGGCAAAAAAGCACCAGAAAAUACACACAUGAGAAAAACCCUAUGAAUGCAUGGAUUGUGGGAAAGCUUUUAGAGUGCGCCAACAACUUACUUUCCAUCAGCGAAUCCAUACUGGUGAGAAACCUUAUGAGUGUAAAGAAUGUGGAAAAACCUUUCGACAGUGUGCCCAUCUUAGUCGACAUCAAAGAAUUCAUACAUCUGACAAACUUUAUGAGUGUAAAAAAUGUGGAAAGAUUUUUACAUGCAGCUCAGAUCUUCGCAUACAUCAAAGAAUUCAUGUUGGUGAGAAGCCAUAUGUAUGCAAAGAAUGUGGGAAGGCCUUUCGAGUGCGAGGGCAACUUAAUCUCCACCAAAGGAUUCACACUGGUGAGAAACCUUAUGACUGUAAGGAGUGUGGCAAGACCUUUAGACAGUAUGCACACCUAACUCGACAUCAGAGGCUUAACAUUGGUGAAAAGUGCUAUGAGUGUAAGGAAUGUGGUCAGGCUUUCUUGUGCAGCACAGGCCUUCGAGUCCAUCACAAACUUCAUACUGGUGAGAAGCCCUAUGACUGUAAGGAGUGCGGAAAGGCCUUUAGAGUACGGCAGCAACUUACUCUCCAUCAGAGAAUCCAUACUGGUGAGAAGCCCUAUGAUUGUAAAGAAUGUGGGAAGACCUUUAGUCGUGGGUAUCAUCUAACUCUCCACCAGCGAAUCCACACUGGUGAGAAGCCAUAUGAGUGUAAGGAAUGUCAGAAAUUUUUUCGUCGUUACUCAGAACUUAUUUCCCAUCAAGGUAUUCAUAUUGGAGAGAAACCUUAUGACUGUAAGGAAUGUGGAAAGGCCUUUAGGCUGUUCUCACAACUUACUCAACAUCAGAGCAUUCAUUUUGGUGAGAAACCCUACAAAUGUAAAGAAUGUGAGAAGACAUUUAGACUGCUCUCCCAACUUACUCAGCACCAGAGCAUUCAUACUGGUGAGAAGCCCUAUGAUUGUAAGGAAUGUGGAAAAGCCUUUAGACUUCAUUCAUCACUUAUUCAACACCAGAGGAUUCAUUCUGGUGAGAAGCCUUACAAAUGUAAAGAGUGUAAGAAGGCAUUUAGACAGCAUUCACACCUUACUUACCAUCAGCGAAUUCAUAAUGUGACUUAAAAGGAAGAUCAUUUUGCCUAUGUUUGUUAUAUAAACUAUUUACUGGCAACCAGAAGUUGAUAAUGUGAAGGUGAAGAUUUUUAUAGAGAAUUCCAGCAAAUGAAUGCAGAAAAAUAUACAAUUAGAAAACUCUACUAGAAAAAAAUUUAUAAUAAUAUAUCCAGGAACAAUUAUCCAUAGAAAUUAAGGUUAUGAGUGAAAGAUUAGCUUGAACUUUUAGCAAGUAGAUCAGACUAAUGACAACUGAACCCACAAAUCACUCUCAAUCUCAUGAAACUAGGGCCAUAAAAUAUUAUGAACUUCAUAAUAUAAUAAAGUACAAUAUACAUAUCUUGCCAGGAUAUUGAACCUCAGGAAGUGGGAAGAUAGCUAAGGAUAUUGAACCUGAAUUUAAGCCUGAAUACCUAACUCCCAUUUAGAGAAAAUUAAAAAAUGGAAAUCAAAAUAACAUGACACGACAAACCUAAAAUAUAAGUAAUUCUACAAGAUGAAUGAAAUUAUUUCUCAAAGUAUGAAAUGACAUUGUAAAAAGGAAGGUGAAACUAUUAAGAGACUUACAAAUCAAAUGCCAUGAAAGAGUGGUUCUUAAUUAGAUUAUGAGUUGAAGGAACAUUGAAAAUAAGACAUUUUUACAACAAUUGGAGUGGGAACAUUGAUAACAUUAUGUAAUAUUAAGAAACUUUGUUAGGUAUGGAUAAUAGCACUGUAGUUAUAUGAAAAAUCUCUUUGUUAGAGAUAAAUUCUGGCAUUCAUACACAGAAGAUAUGUGACAUCUGGAGUGUCCUUUAAAAUGCUCUUGUGAAAGGAAUGUGAAGGUGAAUAAGUUUGGCAGAAUGAUAGCAAACUGAGUCUUGAAUACAUAGUUUUUCUUUGUUUUGUGAUUCUUUUAUGAAUUUUUAUGUAUUUGAAAAUUUCCUUAGUGUUUUUCUAAAGGUAAACAAUUUAACCAUAACUAUAACCAGUUAGAAGUGAAU